AAGGUUUAAUCUACCAGGAACUCCACCAGAAUCUAUGGGGCGAGGAAGAGACUGGAAUGUGGACCUAAUUCCAAAAUUCCUUAUGGCUAACGGUAAGCGAUACAGAGCUCCCAAAUCUGCCUCGUGAGCUUAGCCUGGGCUAGUGUUCAGUGCUGUAAUCGAAUAAACAGCCCUUCAGCCAUGUCUCCAUGAACUUGUUGAAGCAUUAAUCAAAGAGCUGUGGAAAGCUCUCUCGAGCUGAUCUGCAUGCCUUUAUGCCAGAAGCACCACGGCUUCUGCUCCGUGACUAGUUUUGGCUGUGGGCAUAUCAAACACAGGAGAUGGCUCCAGCUUGGAGUGUGCAGCAGUGGCACAUCUGGAAGGUUUGAACGUCUGUUUUCCAACAUCCUCUCUUAACGUGUUUGCAUUUCUAGCCAAAGUUAAUGCCAUUAAUUCAUGCGUUGUUAUUCUUCCAUGGCUUAGGAAGAAACGGUUGAUUCCAUGGCGACUGUCAAUUCCUUUUGUUCCUAUUUUAUGGCUUGCAGACUCUGUUGUCCCUUACCAAUGCUACAAAUCCUCAUUCUUUAAUCUAUGUGUUCCAGUACUGGGACAGGUCUUCUAGACCAAAUCCAGUAUUGGUGAAGUGGUUAUCAAUGCAACCAAGUUCAGGGGCAACUCCCUUUGCCAAAUACCAACCGCUUGCUACUGGAAUCUCUUGUCCCUGAAGCAUGAGGGAUGUGCUUAGAUGUAUUGUGUAGGGCCAGUCUUGCUCAAGGCUAGUGCAGUGGAAGACUUGAUAGAUUCCAGUCAAGGUUACUCUUGGUUACUCUAGUCUCAGCUUACUUUCAGUUUGCACAGGCAUUGUGGUGCAUUUCUAAGGGACAGCAUCCCUCUGGGGAUGUGACAGUGGAUGGGGACAGGUAAGCGGGCAUAUGGUGACGCUAGCUGCUCGCAGGCCAGGGGCUAAUUUGCGGUAAGUUGGCUGGACAACUAAUAUGCAGGCUGUGCUAGAUCUUGAAUAGCGAGGAUGAGGAGCUGCUGCCGUCCAAAGACAUGACCUUGUUUGUCAUGUUGAGUGUGAAUGAACUACAGGGAGCAAAGAGCAGCAGUGUUCUGCAGCAGAUUAACAUGCUGCAGGAUGGCUUUUACUCAGAGGACUGAUGGAAACCACAGGACUGAAAAGGAAGCUGUUAAUUGCCUGUGAGCGAGCCUUGAAACUGCCUCAUAAUGCACUAGUCAGUUGGUAAAGAUGCUGCUCUACACAGAAGUCACUCGCUACUUAGACUUCAAGGUGAUUGAGGGGAGCUUCGUCUACAAGGGAGGAAAGAUCUACAAAGUUCCUUCCACUGAGGCGGAAGCCUUGGCAUCCAGCUUAAUGGGCUUGUUCGAGAAACGCAGGUUCAGGAAAUUCCUAGUGUACGUUGCCAACUUUGAUGAGAACGACCCGCGAACUUUCGAAGGUGUUGAUCCCAAGAAGACCACCAUGCGUGACGUGUAUAAGAAGUUUGACCUGGGGCAAGAUGUUAUAGACUUCACUGGCCAUGCCCUCGCGCUCUACAGGACUGACGACUAUCUAGAUCAACCAUGCCAAGAAACAAUCAACAGGAUUAAGCUCUACAGCGAGUCGCUGGCCAGAUAUGGUAAAAGCCCGUACCUUUAUCCCCUCUAUGGCCUUGGAGAGCUGCCCCAGGGAUUUGCAAGGCUAAGUGCUAUAUAUGGAGGCACCUACAUGCUGAACAAGCCCAUUGAAGAGAUUGUGAUAGAAAAUGGCAAAGUGGUUGGUGUGAAGUCUGAAGGGGAGGUUGCUCGCUGCAAACAGCUCAUCUGCGACCCCAGCUAUGUCUCGGACCGCGUAACAAAGGUCGGCCAAGUGAUUCGGGUAAUCUGCAUCUUGAGCCACCCGAUCAAGAAUACAAACGAUGCCAACUCGUGCCAGAUCAUCAUUCCACAGAAUCAGGUCAACCGAAAAUCAGAUAUCUACGUCUGCAUGAUCUCCUCUGCGCACAACGUGGCAGCGCAGGGGAAGUACAUCGCUAUUGCCAGCACUACUGUGGAAACCGCGGACCCAGAGAAGGAAAUCAAGCCGGCCUUGGACCUCUUGGAGCCCAUUGAGCAGAAGUUCGUUAGCAUCAGUGACCUGUUUGCACCGACUGACUUGGGAACCGAAAGCCAGAUCUUCAUUUCUCGCACCUAUGACGCCACCACUCACUUUGAGACGACGUGCGAUGACAUCAAAGAUAUUUAUAAGAGGAUGAUGGGAUCAGAGUUUGACUUCGAAGAGAUGAAACGCAAGAAAAAUGAUAUCUAUGGGGAGGAGGAGCAGCAGUAAUGAGAAUCUCUAAUUAGGAGAAAUUUAAAUCGGCUAAUAUGAAUAUAUAAGGAACUUAAUGAACACUGUACGAAAUUCAAUAUUGUAAGGCCUGCUUUUGUAAUCCCAUCUCUGAGAGAUUGAAGAGUACUGCACUGGUAAUGUUCCCCUUUUGGAUAUCAUGUGUUAAUUAUUUCAUUCUAGUAGGGCUGCUGUCCAGAAUCUGGCAAAUUACUGACUGAUUUAAUGACUAACCUCGUAAGCGAAAGGCAGACUGAACUUUAUUUUUUUUCUUUUUGCAGACGUAGACGUUGGUGCAGAUUUGAAAUAACUCAUUGACAGCUGUGUCUUACCUUGUAUUUUUAAUCAUUUGUAAACAUCCUUCACAAUUAUGUGCUUCUGGUGAGCUAGUAGAUGUGACGGUUGUCACUCAAACCUGAUUAUCAAGGAAAAUAGAAACUGAGCACUCCAUUAUUGUGGACAGCAUCCCUAAAGUCUCUCCCAUCAAUCUAACUCUGUGGCAAGUUGUAUUAUGGACAAAGCCCACAUCUAUUGUAGCAGCAAAUGUUGGCUUAGUUCUGGGCACAGAACUUAACCUCCACUUAAGCUUCUAAAACUGUUUACAUCGGUUGGGACACAGCUGUGCCUAAGGCUCCUUUGUGUUUUAAUCUUAAUAAAAUUGAGAGAACAAAUUACAGAGCAGGCAAGAUGUGGAAGUAUUUUCUGUACCCUGGUGGCUUCUCGGAUGGACCAAACGGCACUGCGGUAUCGAUAUGACAGAGCCUGUGCUUCUCCUGUCUCCUGAAGGCUCCAAAUGAUUUCUGUACUGCGAAGUAAAGCCAAAUUCUGGAAA